GCUUUAACAGGUACAUGUGUCACACGGUAUCAGUAUAUGUGUGUGUAUCAGUGGAUCUAUCCAUCAUCGGUUAGCAGCGGCAUUUUAGUGUAAUAGUACGCUCAAUCAAUUGGAAACUUGGAUGGCACAGAGAGGCGUUUGGCAGCUCCAAAAGCUGAUUGUGAGCUAUUGUGAUUGGGGAGGAAGUAGCAGAGGAAUUAGGGCAUUUAUGGAGUCUCGUUUGCCAGCAUUUAGAGAUGGGAAUCCUCAACUGAAGUUGGAUACUGAACUCAUUCGUGGUCAGCAUCCACAUUUGAAGGGUUUCUAUAGAAACAAGAACCAACGUGUAGUAUGUGUGAAGAAUUUAUCUCCUGAAGACAUACUGUUACAGGCGACUAGGCUAAGGGAUGCAUUAGGGAGAAAGGUGGAAAAGCUUAAGAGAAGGCAUGUUACCAAAAGCCCAAGUGUACAAGGUACAUGGACCACGGACUUUCAACCUUGAGGUUCAAGAUACUUCAGUAGACUAAGAGGCAGUUGAGGACUGGCUUAAGCCAUCACAGUGGUGAAAAUGUAAAUUUGACCUGUGACAAUUUCCAUGUGACACUUUGGUACGUGCCAAAGCUGAGUUUUUCUUCUUCUUCUUCUUCUCCUCUCUCUCUCUCUCUCUCUCUCUCUCUCUCUCUCUCUCUCUCUCUCUC